AUGGACGAGCAAGAUCGCACACGCCAUGGUGGGGACAAGCCUGCGAAACGAAAAGAGUCUGAGUCUGUGAAGCAAACACCGUCAGAAGGGCAAUCCGAAGCGACGGCCAACACCAGCGCUGCCCCCGCUCGGGAUCGCAAGAGGAGGACCAAGACAGGAUGUCUGACUUGCAGAAGACGACGCAUCAAGUGCGGGGAGGAGAAGCCGCGAUGCAAUAAUUGCAUCAAAGCAAAGCGAGACUGCGAAGGAUACACGCAGAGAGUCAUCUUCAAAAAUGCGUUGGGUCCCGUCGCGGGCUACGACCCGAGGGUUCCUGCCAAUUUGCAGGCCCCUGUGACGCACUUUCCUCCUCUGCCACCACAAGUCCAACUGCAACAGCUGCAACAACUUCAACGACUCCAACAACAACAACAACAUCAACAAAGACAGCCCAUCGCUGGGCAAGCGCUCAAUCGUCAACAGCGCUUACUGGCACCUCGCCUCCCCUAUGUACCCCCCGCAGUCGCUACUUAUGCCACCCAGCCCAUUCAGCAGCAGCACCUACACCAACCUGUCUAUCCUACAAUCCCUCUUCAGACACCACAGACAGAUCCGACCAUCGCGCCUCAAGCGAUCCAAGCGAUCCAUGUCCCKGGGGACGACUUCGCCAGCCAUGUCCACACAUGGUCAUCUGCAGAUCAGCUUGCUUACCUGACGCUGCCCGAGACCGCCUUCCAAGGCAGUCAUGACCUUGCUUAUCAGCAGACGACGGCACACGCCAGCCUACCGUCUUACCAGAAUCCAGACACUCAUCCGGUGAUAGCCCAGCACGAUCCAGCCGUGCAGAGCAUGGCGGACACCAUCGGGUUCUACACAGACGAUACCUUCCAGCAGGCUCAGGUCUACUACGCGUGGGAUGCUGAACAGGAAGCCCUGAUACCGACGAUCUAUGAAGACUUGGAAGAUGAUUAUUACGACGUCGAUUCCGACGACGAGCAACAAGACGUGACUGAGGAAGAGGGAUACAAUCAAAUGAAUCUCAUCAUGGCUUCGGCACAACAGGAUGUCAUGCGAUCGUACAAUACGUAUCUCAACGAGCCAAACAUCCUUGCGAAUUAUCAACCUUCAAUGGGCUCCUCGCCGCUGAAUAAUCCCAAAACCGCCCGAAUCUGGGUACAUUUUAUGCACGCCACGGCCCCUGCCAUCUCGAUCAUGGAGCGACACAACGCGAGCCCGGCGCCUUUCUUUGGCGGACCAGUGCCAGUGUCGCAGCAAGGGCUGUGGAGUUAUAUCAUGCCUUUGAAAUCACUUGAGCAUCCAGGACUAUUACAGUCUAUUCUGGCCAUCAGCAGUCUUCAUAUUGCCAGACUACAGCAGAGUCAUUUUACAAUUACAUUCAAGCAUUAUGAAUAUGCGCUGAGAAAAGUCUCCAAGGCUGUCGGCCUCCCUGUGCGUCGAAAACAAGUAGCUACUCUCGCUGCCACGCUACUUCUUGCGUUCUACGAAGUCACUGCAGCGGAUCAUACGAAGUGGGAUCGACAUGUCGCCGGCGCCGCACAGCUGCUGAAAGAAAUCGACUUUGCAGGGCUGACACGAGAUCUCAGAGCCUAUCGUCGGACUGUAAGGUCGCAAAAAUCUGCCUGGUCGGGACCAUACGACCCUUUUUCAUCGUAUACCUACGCGGAAGACGAUCCGUUUGCCGCGAAAGAGUCUGAAGUAGACGCCAAAGUUGUGUCUCGGCUUAUAGGUAGAGCUGUUGAUUAUGAUCAAAUCGGGCGAGUGGACGUCUACUCAAAGGUCAAGAGAAGGCAUUUUUCACGAAAAGAUAUUGACAACUUUCGAAUACAAUGUGAUUUGUGGUGGUGGUACGCAAAACACGAUACGUUUCAGAGUAUGCUCAGUGGUAACAGACUACUUACCCCAAUCGAACGAUGGGAUGCAAUUCCUCCUCGUGCAGGACUCGGCAGAGCAGACGCAAUCUAUGGCAGUUGGGACCAUCUUGUCCUUUUGAUGGCUCGCAUGAUGGAUUUUGGAUAUCGAGAUCGCAAGAGAAAGCUCCAAAGCCUUGAGGCUGCUGGGAGUGAUUGGCGUCCGCAUCCCGGAUUUUUCAAGUUUGUCGGUCGGUUUACACCCAAACCUCCAGGGGGAAAGCCUGGAGGGCCACCUGGGAUGGGACCUCCUGGAGGACCACAAGGGCCGCCUGGUAACAAUCAGCCACCACCAAGCCAAAGCUCGACACAGAAACCGAUGUAUGGUAUGGCGCCCACAGGAGGUCCAGUUCCAGCGCCCGCUGCAUUCACUACCAUGGGCGAAUCACCGCCAUAUUCGGGCUUUGUGGAUGAUGAUGACACAACAUUGGAAGAAGCAGAGGCCGAAUGGGAAAGUAUACUAGCUGCGUAUGAGUAUUAUGAAAGUCAAUUGGGAGAAGGCUUUGCACCGUUACCACCCGAUACCACAACACCAGUUGAUUCACCUUUUGGCCCAGCGAUACAAUUCCGAUCCGACAGCAUUGCUGUGCUCUGGGGAUAUUACUAUGCUGGUAGGAUAAUACUAAACCGCCUGCACCCUAGUAUGCCCCCAGCCGCAAUGAUGGCGGCGACAACAGCAGCUGCCACGACAGCUCAGUUUGCUCAGACUACUGGAAGGAUAGCUGCUGGUAUAUAUUAUCCGCAACUAUAUGUGCAGGAAGUUGGCAACUUGAACCCAAAUCUGGGUGGUGCAUGGAUACAGGCCACUAUGACUUUGUUCGUCGCGGGUAUUCAAUAUACCGAUCCGACACAGCGAGACUGGACCGUGUCGACACUUCGCGGUACCUCUCGUGUGACGGGAUGGCAGUCUGCCGAGGCGAUUGCAGCUGGCUGUGAAGCUGCAUGGAUGCGCACGGCUGCAGUAGGACGGGGGCCUCCAUAUGUACGGGGGCCAGAGUUUUUCGAGAAUGAACCAGUUUAUACCCGUCGGGUCGUGCAAGGCGAUGAGCACCUCACACCAGAUUCAAACCACGAGAGACGCAAAGCCGAUGACCGCGCGCUCGGCAAAGGGGUGCGACUGACGCAGUGUCCGCGCUGCAAGCGGUUCGCCGAUAAAUAUGUUGAGCAUGAUAAUGUGGUGUUGUUCAUUGAUUUGGUGCUUAUAAAGCCUCAGGUUUAUCGGCAUUUAUUGUUUAAUCGGUUGGGGAGGGAUGAUAAGGCUUUUGAUCGCUCGAUUAUACGUCUCGGCGUGCUCCUGCUCCUCUUCGACGUGUACUUGACAUGGGCCCGCAUCGAGAAAUCGUCUACCCUCGCAUCGACGCCGCUGUCCACAACCCCGAUCAUCGUGCAAUACUUGUUCUUUCUCUCGCUCAAUGCAUUGGCGACACUGGCGCAUCAUCUAGUCGUUCGUCUGGGUGCUUCGGUAAUCUCGAAACGGUCGCAUACGCAAUCGUCGUCUCUUGCCGCUGGCGCAGACACAAAUGAGACGCCGUCGACGCCUACAGUUGCGACGGGUUUCGUCUCUGCGUCUGCGAAUGUGAGUCGCUCGCCGUCGAGUUUGGAUAUGCUGGGAUUGCAUCCUUCAGCGUCAGCGUCAGCGUAUAGCACUGGAAAUGCAUCUACAAGUGGUUACGGUUGGCCUCCCGAUCCUUCUUCACCACCGGCACAGCAAGGGCAAGGACAAUUACGCCGCGUAUCAACUUCACCCGCUCAGUUCCAAACUCUUCCUCCGCCACCACCUCCGAGCCCAAACGCCGUUAGUACGGCGUUGUUUGUGAGUAGUUGUCCGAAACUGUUCCCCAUACUCAUGGUGAUAUGGGGAUCGAAAGAAGUCGCGGUGCCCGAAGGCGGGAGUUCGGUGGCUGACAGCCCUGCUGUUACGAUGUUGCACAAGACCUUUGCGACUGUGACGUCGGCUGCGUCGAUGCCGAGUGCGCCGGCGCUGGGUGAUGCUGCUGUCACCAGCACGAGCACCACACCCGGCUCAACUUCAAUCUUCGGCCUGUUCGGCAACCCCUCCAUGUUACUCGCGACGCUCACAUCUGCAUUCAACAUGCCAUCCCUGAUGUCAUUCUUAUCGCUGGGAACGGCAUCGACACAUCUGGUGCUGCUGAAUAAUAUUGAGGCGCUGUAUAUUCUGCUGAAUUGUGGUUAUUUGAGAGCUGUUGCGCUUGCUGUUACGGGUCAGUUGGCGCGGUGUAGAGGAUGGUAUCACAAUUGUGCUUCGCAACGGAAUACGAGUCGCCAUGUCCCCGGGACAUUGCAGCAGUAUGUCGUUGCGGAUGCGCGGUUCUUGACACGGAUCCCGGCAGACCUCAAGGAGGAAGUUGCGGCGCCGUUGUUGUGUGCGGGGUUGACGAUGGUUGGGGCUGUGGAGAAGCUUGAUUCUAGCGUUUUUCUACAGAAUGCAAAAAGAAGUGAAGCGGGAGAGAAAAGGGAAGACGGUGGGUUUUGGGUAGUUAUUUCCGGCUCCGGGGGCGGAUUGGGGCAUUUGGGUGUUCAGAUUGCGGCAAGAAACAAAGGGUAUCGUGUCAUUGCGAUUGAUUCGGGGGAGGAGAAACGGCGGCUUAGUCUGGAGUGUGGCGCGGAGGCGUUUGUCGAUUUCAAGACUGAGACGGACGUCCCUGCGAGAGUGCAUGAGUUGACGGGUGGUGAAGGUGCGCAUGCUACUAUCGUCGUGCCAGGCACGAAAGAGGCGUUUGAGAUGGCGCCGAAUGUGGUACGGAAUAUGGGCAUGAUUGUUUGUGUGGGAUUGCCGAGGAAUGACCUUGAGUUGCCUAUUUCGGCGACUAUGUGUGCUGCUAGGGGAAUAUCGAUCGUUGGAUCCUCGGUGGGCAGCGAGAAGCAAAUGAGUGAGUUGCUCCAGCAGGCUGUGGAGGGACGGAUUGAGCCUGUAGUCAAGGUCUAUGAGUUUGAGGAUACGGCAGACCUGAUCAACAGGUUCAUAGACGAUGGUAUUACCGGCAAGGUGGUGGUCAAGAUUCCGCAGUAG